CUUGCCACAUAGCGGGACGGGGCUUCAGGCUGGCCAGAGGGAGUUACGAGGAGGCUCAAAGGGGGUAAAUACAAGGAAUUUUUGGAAUAAAAGACAUCGGGGCCAAACAGACCCAGAAGGGGCCAAAGCCACGGAUCAUAUCAGGCCAUGAUCUCUCCAGCCAGCCUUGACGGCAUGGAGCUGCUGGACCUCCUGUUUGAUCGGCAGGAUGGGAUCCUUCGUAAUGUGGAACUCGGGCCCUCGGGGUCCACGUGGAUGGGGCAGGAUGAAAGCCAUCUGAUAAGCGGCCAAGAGAAUGAACAGUUUAUCAAUUCUAUCCUGGGGCUCCCGGAAGCUGCUUCUGACUCCCCGACCUGGUCUCCGGCCGGCAGCGACAGCGGGAUCUCGGACGACCAGCUGGACAGUCCCCCCCACUAUGUCCCCAGCAACAGCCCCCAGGCCUACUCCGAAGGGAGCUCUCAGAGCGAGCUGGCUUACCUGCCUCAAACUCCACAGCCCCUGAAACCGCCAGCGGGGGAACAGAGAGACACAGAAAUCUCCAUAGACUUCAACAUGUGGGACCCUGGAUUUUACCCAGGGGGGAGACAAGAGCUGGCCGCCUCUGUCCCAAACUCGCCUUCCUGCAGCCUGACCAUCAAGGACCUGUUGCUGUCCAGCAGCUGUGAUGUGGGAACUAACUCCCUGCUCAGGCAAAGUGCUGGGACGUGUCAGGAUCUGGUGCUGACGGAGGACGAGAAGAAACUGCUGGCCAAGGAAGGGGUGAUGCUGCCCAGCCAGCUCCCGCUCACCAAGUACGAAGAAAGGAUGCUCAAGAAAAUCCGCCGGAAGAUCCGCAACAAGCAGUCGGCCCAAGAGAGCCGGAAAAAGAAGAAGGAGUACGUGGACGGGCUGGAACGACGGAUGUCCGCGUGCACAGCUCAGAACCAGGAGCUGCAGAGAAAGGUCGUCCACUUGGAGAAGCAGAACCUGUCCCUGCUACAGCAGCUGAAGAAGCUCCAGGCUCUCGUGAUGCAGUCUGGCACAAAAACCGCUCAGACAAGUGCCUGUGUUGCGGUGUUGCUCCUGUCCUUCGCCUUGAUCGUUUUCCCAUCCAUCAGCCCUUUUGCCCGCAAAAAAGCCAAGAUGGAAGACGCCUUCGUCCCCGUCAGAGUUUUUUCCAGGUCUCUUCACGACGACGCCUCCUCUAGGGUCGCCUUUUCCAUGGCUGAAGAACUGUGGUCCGAAUACGCUCAAGAAACCCACGUCAGCAGCGCCCAGAAUGAAGUUCCAGCCAAGCUGGUCAGAAACCAGCCAUUCUCGAGGAUCCGCAAAACCGAUGAGGCCAUCGUGAACAAUGGCACAGAGGCCUCCCCAGAGGGGCCCCGGGCUCACUUGGAGGGACUCGAAUCCGGGCCCAGCUUGGCCACCCUGGCAUGGACAGAGGAGCCCGGCCAGGCAGGCAAGGUGGCUUUGGAGCCGGCCGAGGAGCUGUGAAUGGCUUUUCUCCCUGUUGUCAUUAAGGAGAAAUAUGGAUUUAUUUCCUGGGAGGUGGGAGAACGUGCUACUCUGAAGAGUAAAGCAGCUUCUCUUCUAGUCCUCUCACUGGUCCAGCUGAAAAAAACACUACACAUUUUUGUUCUGGACUCUUUAUCCUCCUUCCUUUUUAAAAACCACAGGGUUUUCUCCCACAUAAAGCCCAUAAUGGCAAAGAGGGGUAGAUCAGCUGGAACAGGCCAGACCCAUCUCUCUCUCUCGCUUUCUCGGCCACUGGAAAUCUUAUUUUGCCGUCUCGGGACAGUCACAUGAUCGCAAACUAAAUUCCUUUCAAAAAAUGUAACUUUCUGGGCUUGGAGAUGGGCAAUCCACAAAGAGGGUGGCAUGAAAUGGGGUUUUCCCUGGUCUUCUGUACUAACCGAUCUUCUGGAACCAGGCAUGAGUGAAUAAACAUACUGCACGUGGCUUUUUAUGUGGGCAAAAGAUGGUAUUUGAUGUAAAAAAAGUGCCAUAAAAGCGUGGCUACAGAGUAGAAGCAGCCUGUUUCUAGAGAAUUUAGGUAUGGUCCACUUUUUUAAAAACAUCAACCAUGUUUUUUUUAAAAAGUGUUCCUGACUGUUGUAACUUCUUCCAACGCAUGUAUAAAUGUACUAUUCAAGUUAACAUUAAAUAUUAAAAGCACAAA